AUGGUACAAGCAAACAAGUUUUUCUAUUUCACUCUAUUAAUUUGGUUAGUCCAGUAUUCCUAUGAGGUAGCUACAUCUAGCACAUCAUGGAAUAAGAUAAUCAAACUAAAUAAUAUAUCAGAUGUAAGGGUAAGUAGAUUAUUAUACGGAGAAACAGAUCUAUAUGAUCAACAGAGAUAUCAAUCCUUAAAAGAAAAAGCAAAGCAUAUAGAAAAGGAAGAUGAAUAUAUUUUUGGAAAAAGACUAAACAAAUUAUUACAAAGUGAUGGUAUAAAGGAACAGUUUAAAAAAAAUAUGUAUAAUGAAGAGCUUCAAAAAACAUCUGAUUCAUUAAAUUUUAAGGAUAAUUCGAAUAAUUCUUAUGAUUCUUUAACAUCUAUUGAUUACCUUGAAGAUGUUCAUGAUGAAAUAAAAGGAGAACCAAUUCGAAUGAAAUGGUAUAAGUCAAAAGAAAAAAGUGUGUCACCAUUAACAAGUAAUCAUCACAAAAUAGUAUAUCCACCAUAUAAAAGAGGAAAACAAAAAAUUUUAUAUCCUGAAUAUAAAAAAACAAAUAAAUUUAUAGGUAAAUAUGAUAAACGUAUUACUAAAAAAAUGAUUAAUAUUUUUACUACAAUUAUUCUAUUCAGCUCUGUCACCAUAUUAGUAAUCCUGAAUUAUCGAUCUCCUCAAGCUGUUCUAGCAUCAUGCGCUUUAUUGGCGUUAUCCAUAUUAUAUUUACAUUUUAAAGGAUUUAAAAAAUUUAGCAAGAGUUCUAAUAUUUAUAAUAUACAUAAUAGAUUUUCUCGGCCCUUAUAA